UCUGAAAGCAAUAAUUGGAGCGUCUACACAUUUUCAGGAGUCCGACGAGGUCCAAGUUCGCAAUCUGAAAUCGAUCCCUCUAAGCUUAGCUAGCAACUAGCAAGGAGGAGGCCGCGAGAAAGAGAGAUGUCGGGAAGAGGAAAGGGAGGCAAGGGCCUGGGCAAGGGCGGAGCGAAGCGUCACCGUAAGGUCCUCCGUGACAACAUUCAGGGCAUCACCAAGCCGGCUAUCCGCCGCCUCGCCCGCCGUGGAGGCGUCAAGCGUAUCAGCGGCCUCAUCUACGAGGAGACGCGUGGGGUCCUAAAGAUCUUCCUGGAGAAUGUCAUCCGUGACGCCGUCACCUACACGGAGCACGCCCGCCGGAAGACGGUCACUGCCAUGGACGUGGUCUACGCUCUGAAGAGGCAGGGCCGGACUCUGUACGGGUUCGGCGGUUAGGGUUAAAAGGGAUUUAUUAGAACUCUCGCGAUGGGAAAGUGAACAUGGACAACAAUUAGGGAGGGUUGUUCAAAUUUGUAGUAGCUGACAUUUGAUCUGAAAUGUGAAAAACUUCUGCAAUGAUUAAAAUUACAUUCGGUCCUUUUCUUUUUCUA